UUCUGAUUACAUUUGGAAAACAGACAUGACACAGUUUUCGCCAACUCCUAGCUUUGUGGCUGAGUUUUCACAGCUUGAGAAGCAGCUGGGUAUAUCAACCGUGGUACCCAGCAAGGACGACCUGCAAAGUUGGCUGAAAGCGCAAACUAUUGAGAAUAGCCAUCUGAAAGAGCAACUGCAAGAAAAGCAAGCAAUGCUUAAAGCAGUGUAUGCAAUUGCAAGAGAAGGGAUAUCAGAAGGGGACCUUUCAGGAACAGCGGAAUUCAAGGUUCACAAAUUUAGUUGCCAAAUUAUGCAAGCAAUGGGUAUUGAUCCUUACAAAGUGACCCAGGAAGAGUUUAUGCAACAUGAAGAUGAUGUACAUGGAGGUACUGAGCAUGGAGCUACUGAGCAUGAAGAAGAAGAGUUACAAUUAGUUGAGACAGAGCAACAAGGAGAUGGAAGUACUGAGCAAGAGAAAGAGAAAGAUGACACUCCACCAAAGAAAAGGCCUGUCGCAAAGCAAAAGCCCACUCCUACAAAUAAUGUUGAUGAGGAGCAGAAGAAAGAUGUUGAAGAGACACCUGUUACGGAUGAGGCACAGAAGAAAGCUGCAGAUGGUGGAGUUGUGGAUGGGGCAGGUGAUGAUGUAGCUGCAAAAGCCGUAGGUGAUGAUGUUACUGCAAAAGUCAAUGAGGAUACACCUGCAACUGUUGGUGACGGUUUGGUUAUGACUGCUCCAACUCAGCCAACUCCUGGAACUUUUGAUGACAGUUCUGCUUCAACACACCUGACAAUGCUCAGACCUACAGGUUGGUGCAACUAG